AAACAGAUGAGGAUGUGCCACAACCCGAGGCAUGGAAUGGACCUGUCAUAACUAUUGAAACUUUUGUCCAAGCGGAUAUUGAUCAGGAUAGGCUAUCGGAAAUGAAGAGGCUACCGGAAAUAGUGGCUUCGCCUUGCCUUGAUCUGUUGAAUCCAAAGCAUGUUUCCCGACGACAUCUCGUGGUGGAAUCCCCGUUCCUUGCUGAGGGCCUCUGUGACCUCGUUGAAUAUUAUCCGUCAUUCCAUGAGAUGUUGUUGGAUGACUCAAAAGGAGGAGAGCUGAGGAUUGAAGAGCCCUUUGCUGUUCUUUUUCACCAUUUUGACGCUAUCGCAGCCAUGGCCAACGAAACUAACGGUCCAACGGUUUGCAACGCUGAGGAUGAACGUAUGGAUAAAGGAACGGACUUGAAAGUCGUUCAUUCACAGCAUUUGAUGGAAUUUCUCAGGCCAAUCUACACUGAGUCCAUCCUAACAUGUCAAGAGCAUCUUUCCAGCUCCGUCCCGCAGGUCGCGUUUGACAUGGUCUGGUAUCCUCUCAAACCCGGGACAGAUGUCUAUGUACAAGUUGACGGAUCAACGCAUGCUGCAGUUGUGAUGGGCGUCAGACGAGCUGAUGUUUCUGCGUCCAGGGUGUGGGGGUCCGGGAGUGACGGGUCUUGGCUGGUCGACCUCUGGCGGCUUGAAAGUGAUGGCUCCAGCCUCGGAAGAGGCUUCUUUUCUGCAAGCGUAAACUCUUACUCUGGUCUCCGAGAUGUAGUUAGUCUUCCAGUGUGUCCAGUUUCAAUUUGGGAUGCGCACGACGAUGGCGAGCGACGUGGGAGGAUCUUACGCCGCGCUGCAACUUUCAUCAAGGCGCUUCGACGGGGCAAUCUCCUCGUGGAUUACAAGGGACCCAUCAAACAUACGGCCCAAUAUUACACGGGAAAGGUGGUUAUCGACCAUCGAAGAGGUCGUGCGGAAUCUGACAUCCACCGGACCCUUUCUCCAGAGGUUCGAGACUAUUCAACCCGAUUCCAGGAGUCCUUCUACACCACCAAAGAUACUGGAAACCGUCUCCCGAACCCUGUAUCCAGACGGGCCAACAGCAACGACGCCAUGGUUAACGGGGAGGAGAUGCAGGUAUGGCUUGACAAUGUACCUGAGCACCGUCCCCUCGACAUUAUUCGCGUAGAUAUCAGCGGUUACGUCGUGGAACAACUCACAGAGCACCAACUCCUUUUGCUAUGCCCAAACGCUUUGGCAUAUGGCCUGAGACGCAAGCACUGGAUGUUGAUCUCUCUCGACUAUGUUGAAGAGUCCGUGCCAUCAGAUGAGAGUAUUUCGAACCUCAUUAUUGCCCAGGAUGAGUUGAAGACCAUACAGGCUCUUUCGAAUCGCCAGAAUAGUGAGACAAGACACUGGUCGGCGGAUUUCAUUGAGGGGAAGGGAUCGGGGCAGAUCAUACUGCUACAUGGUCCCCCAGGAGUCGGCAAGACUUACACAGUCGAAGCUAUCUCUGAAUGGUUGCACAGGCCACUCCUCGCUCUCACAGUGGCUGAUAUCGGCACGGUCGAAACACUCGUUGAAGGCGAGCUUAUGAAAUGGUUUGAUCUUGCGGAAGCUUGGAACGCAGUGCUUCUCGUUGAUGAAGCAGAUAUCUUCCUCGAACGACGGCAAAAUAGAGACCUCGCCAGAAACGGACUGGUAUCAGCCUUCCUGCGACGAAUGGAAUACUUCAAAGGUCUGCUGUUCCUGACUACCAACCGCGUUGGACAAAUCGACGACGCCUUCAUUUCACGCGUCCACGUGGCAAUCGGAUAUGAGGCCCUCGACGAAGAGACCAGGCGAAAGGUCUGGAGUGGCUUUUUCCGCAAACUGGUGCGCGAACGUGCUGGCAAGGUACAGAUCGCAUCAGACGCGAAGAAAUGGGUUCUUGAGACCGCUGGCGAGACGAGUCUUAACGGACGGGAUAUUCGCAAUGCGUUGCAGACAGCUAUCACGCUGGCAGAGUUUGAGAGUGAAGAAGAUCCAGAUUAUGAUGCUGCAUUGGUAACAGUUGUCACUAAGGCCCAUUUUCAGAAGGUACUGGAGAUGUGCAAUCGGUUCCGCAGCUAUGUAACGAGCAUUCGGAGGGAAGACGAGAUGAAGCGUGCCCAAGGGCGUGGGGAUCGGAAUGAUUAUGGCAAUGGGUUUGAUAGCAGGAUGUGCUAAUUACUUGUCACUACCGCUUCAACACAACGGUUAUUCGCUCAUGUGGC